AUGCAUGGUGGACAAGGACAAGUUGCUGACAUGAAUCUUCGACAAAGACGAGGAAAUCGUUUCCUCCAAGCUAACACUAAUGAAGUUGUCAAUUCCCCAGCAUCUCCAUCAGCAGUGAUUACUCCCAAUGAGCCGGAGUCAGUGAGUAAAUCUGCAAAUGUGAAAGAGAAGUUUUUAUUGGCAUUACGAGAAACCAUCACCUGCAGAAGAGCCAAGAACACCCCUCUCUUUCAAUUCAUGAAGGAUGGAUGCAAUUUAUUUGACAAAGGAUGGCUUCGCCGAGAGCUUGUCGAUGCUGAUACUGCAUCCAAGCUAUCAAUUCGCAGCCACGAAAGGAAGCUUAUUUUCUUCAUUUUCAUGGGACUCUCUGGGACGGGUCCUGGUGUUGACGAUGUUCAAGCCAAAGAGACGGAAGAAGCACCAGUAGCACUGCUCAGUAAAGCUUGGGGGUUUACAAAGCCAAGCAUCCGCAGGGUUUGUGGCCUUGCCUUAGACGACAAUAUUCUAGGCUCUCUUCUGGAGGACAGGAGUGAGGAAGAGGGAAGGAAGAGAGUCAAGAGUGACACUCCACAAUCCAAAGAAAUCCCCGAAUCAGAUCCUGACGGUUUCCUUUCCCCAGAAGACUAUGCUGCGCCCCAGGCCCGAACAUUCAAACGGCGUGAUCUGAAGCCGACACCAACACUUCUAUCAAGGAUGGAAAACAUUGCACUGGAGUCUCCUCGGACUCCCCAAACACCAACUUCUACUAGGUUCUUCAGCUUCGGUCAACAAGACACCAAUGAACAGCGACGUACACGGCUUGACUUUGGAGCAUCGCCUCUUGUUGAGGAGGAGAUAGAUGAAUCAUCCUACGAGGGUGGGCACUUUUUGGAUGCAGCAACUCAGACAGAAGAAGUUUUUGUUGCUGUAGAAAACAGAGAAAAUGUUGGGACCCAAACCGCAGUGGCGUCAAGGCUUGCCUCAGAGAUGAAAGAGCAUUUCAUCAGCCGAGACUGUGAAGAAGAACUCUGCCGUGCUCUCUAUUUCCUCUUUCACAACAGAGCAGUGAAUAUAGACCGGACAUCCAAAACAAAUGACAAUGAAGUUAUAACCAUUCGACAGUUCCGAAAAGGCUCCUGCAUGAAGAUUCUUCGGAUUAAAGAGAGCCGACAAACAGCAAAGAGCGACAACCGCGGAAGAAGAAUCAAAGGCAAGGCAAAAUUGGUUGAGACCUUGCUUGCCAACAUGGACAUAUCUGAACAAGAGGUGUUGUCAGUUCUGAAGUUAGUAGCGAAGAAUCAUUCCGCCCGAGUACUGAAUGAUGAUGAGUGCUAUUUGGGUAUCCAACAUUGUGCUGCUCUGAUGCAAUACCUCCCAUUGACGGCUCGUGGAGUGGAACGUCUUUCAAGGUUCUUUAAAGCAAUGCUUCCAACCAUCGGAGAGAACCUUUUUCCUACAAUGCUACGAAAGAAGCUUUCACUCUAUGCAUUGGAAUCGUUUCAUCUGCGUCUCGGUUUUGAACUUGUCUCUCUUGAGAUCGGAGGCGAAAAGCGAAAUGAAAGAUGUUUGCAUGUUUGGGUAAAGGAGCCGGCUGCUGUUGUUGAAUCACUUACUCAGAGUGCCCUUCUUGCAGGCAAACUUGAAGAAUCGUCUUCAUUCUGUAAGCACAAGAAUGAGUUGGUGGUUGUUCAAGGCUCAGAUCGUGGUGGUGAUAUCACUCUAUGCUUGGUUCGUAUAGCAAACAGGGCUGGUGGGAAUGCGCCGCAGUAUUGUAUACCGUUGGCCUUCUAUGAGUACGGAAAAGAAAACUAUGACAAUUUUCAAAAGACAAUAUUCCAUCCGGGCAAACCAACAAAACAGUUUCUUCAGAAGAUGCUCGAUGGCUGCUUUCAAAUGAUUGUGGUUGUUGUGGAGGAUGACAAUGUUCCAGUCGAUGCCCAGUGCUGCAUUGUGGAAUGCGAAUCAGCUCUGAAGAUCAAUCGACUACCAGACAGCAACAGUCUCCGUUUAGAGACUCAGCAGACUGGGGUGUAA